GAGCGACGUCCCGCAAGGAGCAUCAGCCAAAGAUAAUAAUGAUUGGCCCGCGGGAGUGAGAGGCACAAGGCGGGGAGGGGGAGGAAGAGGAUGGGGGUACUUCAAAUAAAAUCCCUCUCCGUCCUCAGCUCGCGAGGACAAGCAGCCAGAGUCAACAGGUCGUCGCAUGUGCGCUGAUGAAACUCGGUUUAUCGGCGGAUUCUCACGCGCGUAAUUACGCAUCUGUAUAGUGGAUGAACUGCGGACAAUUUGGGGACUUGAAAAGAUGAGACAACCUCACGUGUGUUCGUUGUGAAUUUGAAAACCAGAUGUUUGUCCUCUGAGGCGACAUGGACAACUUUAACACGCGCUCUUUCAGCUUUUCACCUUGCAUUUGUUUCCAAAUGGUGUCCGCGCGCUUUCGCGUGAUGUCGCGACUCUCCAUCGACUCUUAGGACAUACUGUGUUUUAUUCACACUCAUCGCACGUACUCGAGGGACGUUUUCCAGUAACAGAUAAGAGAUGCAGGGUCAUUGUGCGGCGAGACGCUCAGUCAGUCUGUGCGCUGUGCGCUCCUGUCUGCUGCUGCUCUUCCUCCACAUGAGCGCACCGGUGGAGGCGAGGAGAGUGCGCGGCGGUCGGGCGCAGACUCGGCGUGUGCAGCAGCAACAGCAGCAGCAGCAGCAGGCUCCGGUGAACACGGAGCGGGUGGAAGGACCAGAGAGCUUCCCUCUAGACUUCACAGCUGUGGAGGGAAACAUGGACAACUUCAUGGUGCAGAUAAAGAACUUGGCACAGUCGCUGUACCCGUGUUCUGCGCAGAAACUGGACCAAGACAUGAAGUUACACUUUUUGAGGAACGUGUCUGUGACUUGUAAUGACGGGUCGCCUGCGGGGUACUACAUCAAGGAGUCUAAAGGCAGCAAGAGGUGGCUGCUGUUCUUAGAGGGUGGAUGGUACUGUUUCAACAGGCAGACCUGUGACAGCAGGUAUGAGACCAUGAGGAGACUGAUGAGCUCCACAGAGUGGCCACAAACCAGAACAGGAACAGGAAUCCUGUCUCCUCUGCCGGAGGAAAACCCGCACUGGUGGAACGCCAACAUGGUGUUCAUCCCGUACUGUUCCAGUGACGUGUGGAGCGGAGCCUCUGCAAAGACAGAUCACAGUGACUACGCGUUCAUGGGGUCGCUGAUCAUCAGGGAGGUGGUGAACGAGCUGCUGACUAAAGGUCUGGACAACGCCAAGGUUCUUCUUCUCGCAGGAAGCAGCGCCGGCGGCACAGGAGCCCUGCUCAACGUGGACAACGUCGCUGAGCAGCUGGAGUCACAGGGCCACGCGGGGGUGCAGGUGCGAGGCCUGGCCGACUCCGGAUGGUUCCUGGACAACAAGCAGUACAAAUUCACCGACUGCCUCGACACCAUCAGCUGUGCCCCCACUGAGGCCAUAAAGAGAGGCAUCAGGUACUGGGGCGGACUGGUGCCUGAAAACUGCAGACAGGCUCAUGUCGGAGAGGAGUGGAACUGCUUCUUUGGGUAUAAAGUCUACCCCACUUUAAAAAGCCCAGUGUUUGUGGUGCAGUGGCUGUUUGAUGAGGCCCAACUGACGGUCGACAACGUCCACCUGACGGGACAGCCUGUCCACGAGGGCCAGUGGCGAUACAUACAGAACCUGGGGCAGGAGCUGAGGGCCACACUCCGCAACGUCCCGGCCAUGUUUGCUCCAGCCUGCUUGUCUCAUGAGCUCAUAACCAGAAGUUACUGGAUGGACAUUCAGGUGAAAGGCACCUCCCUGCCCAGAGCCCUCCACUGCUGGGACCGCAGCCUCCAGGACAGCCUCCACAUCAACGGUAGCCGCGGCAACCACAGCCACCUGAAGCACAAGAACCCAGCGGCGAGAGGCUGCCCCCGACAUUUGAUCGACAGCUGCCCGUGGCCUCACUGUAACCCCACCUGCCCGACUGUUCGCGACCAGCUCACGGGGCAGGAGAUGAGCGUGAUCCAGUUCCUGAAGCACAUGGGCUUUGAUGUGCAGAAGAUGGCUCAGCAGCAGGGCAUGGACCCCAGGAAGCUGCUGGGAAUACUCAACAAUGGGAACUGAGCCGGCGCCAUAUAUAGAACGAGAACGAUGAAAACCGCCAGGUUCAUUCACACCACAAACAAAAACUGAAAAAGCUGAGACAAAUAUGAUUUUAAAACAACAAACCAGAACGUUUGAGCCAUUUAAACACAUAGAUAUGCUAUUAUGGUGUGGCGCAGUGUGUGUGUGUGUGUGUGUGAGUGCGUAUAAUGUUAAUACAUACAUGCUGUGUUGUAUGUAUAUAUACAAAAUGAAGCUAAGAUUCAUAAAGGUCUAAAAGACAAAAAAAGGUCUUGAGAGAGAGAUGGUGGGGAAGCACAGGACUGAAAAUCCCACCCAUGAUUGCUCAGUGGGGAUUUGGUGCCCUCUUCUGUCAUCUCCAAGUAUCACACUCAGAAAUCAACCUCUGGUGCUGCUGUUUCUACCCUCCACCAAUUAUGCUGCUUUUUUCUCUUCUCAUUUUUGGAAUUAUAAUUUAAUGGGUAAUAUUUACAAAUAAAAAGGUACAAAGAUUA